AUGUUUGUGUUCUACGUGAUCCAGGUACAUGUACUGAGACUUAUGUUUGUGUUCUACGUGAUCCAGGUAUGUGUACUGAGACUAAUGAUUGUGUUCUACAUGAUCCAGGUACGUGUACUGAGACUAAUGAUUGUGUUCUACGUGAUCCAGGUACUGAGACUUAUGUUUGUGUUCUACAUAAUCCAGGUACAUGUACUGAGACUUAUGUUUGGAUUCUACGUAAUCCAGGUACAUGUACUGAGACUUAUGUUUGUGUUCUACAUAAUCCAGGUACGUGUACUGAGACUUAUGUUUGUGUUCUACAUAAUCCAGGUACAUGUACUGAGACUAAUGAUUGUGUUCUACAUGAUCCAGGUACGUGUACUGAGACUAAUGAUUGUGUUCUACGUGAUCCAGGUACGUGUACUGAGACUAAUGUUUGUGUUCUACGUAAUCCAGGUACAUGUACUGAGACUAAUGUUUGUGUUCUACCUGAUCCAGGUACAUGUACUAAGACUUAUGAUUGUGUUCUACCUGAUCCAGGUACUGAGACUUAUGUUUGUGUUGUACAUGAUCCAGGUACGUGUACUGAGACUUAUUUUUGUGUUCUACAUAAUCCAGGUACUGAGACUUAUGUUUGUGUUCUACUUGAUCCAGGUACUGAGACUUAUGUUUGUGUUCUACUUGAUCCAGGUACUGAGACUAAUGAUUGUGUUCUACAUGAUCCAGGUACGUGUACUGAGACUUAUGUUUGUGUUCUACGUGAUCCAGGUACAUGUACUGAGACUUACGUUUGUGUUCUGCAUGAUCCAGGUACUGAGACUUAUGUUUGUGUUCUACUUGAUCCAGGUACUGAGACUAAUGAUUGUGUUCUACAUGAUCCAGGUACUGAGACUUAUGUUUGUGUUCUACGUAAUCCAGGUACGUGUACUGAGACUUAUGUUUGUGUUCUACAUGAUCCAGGUACGUGUACUGAGACUUAUUUUUGUGUUCUACAUGAUCCAGGUACGUGUACUGAGACUUAUGUUUGUGUUCUACUUGAUCCAGGUACUGAGACUUAUUUUUGUGUUCUACAUGAUCCAGGUACUGAGACUUAUGUUUGUGUUCUACGUAAUCCAGGUACGUGUACUGAGACUAAUGUUUGUGUACUACGUGAUCCAGGUACGUGUACUGAGACUUAUGUUUGCGUUCUACCUGAUCCAGGUACUUAUACUGAGACUUAUGUUUGUGUUCUACGUGAUCCAGGUACGUGUACUGAGCCUUAUGUUUGUGUUCUUCGUGAUCCAGGUACGUGUACUGAGACUUAUGUUUGUGUUCUACAUGAUCCAGGUACGUGUAAUGAGACUUAUGUUUGUGUUCUACAUGAUCCAGGUACAUGUACUGAGACUUAUGUUUGGAUUCUACGUAAUCCAGGUACAUGUACUAAGACUUAUGAUUGUGUUCUACCUGAUCCAGGUACUGAGACUUAUGUUUGUGUUGUACAUGAUCCAGGUACGUGUACUGAGACUAAUGUUUGUGUUCUACGUGAUCCAGGUAUGUGUACUGAGACUUAUGUUUGUGUUCUACCUGAUCCAGGUCCGUGUACUGAGACUUAUGUUUGUGUUCUAUGUAAUCCAGCUCAAUAAAUCCUCAGACUAG